UAAAACAAAUGUGCAUUCUAUCAAAACUCCAGUGCUUAGUGACAGCUCCAUUUGUACAGUAAGAUGACAUCUCUCUCGGGGUCACAUGACACUCUCCUUACAGUAAAAUACCAAUAUGGCAGAAGCGGUGGGUCUUGCGCGGUAACUAAAGCAACAUAACACAGGAGCACACUGUCAAAUUCAACACUAAUCAGUACAAGACCGCAGCGAUGAGGGAGAGACAGAAGAAAAAGAAGGGAAGGACAUGGGCAGAAGCUGCUAAAACGGUAUUAGAAAAGUACCCGAACACACCCAUGAGCCACAAAGAGAUCCUACAGGUGAUCCAGAGGGAGAGACUGAAAGAGAUCAGUGGUACUUCCCCGCUGGCAUGUCUUAAUGCUAUGCUCCACACCAACUCUCGCAGUGAAGAAGGGAUCUUUUACAAAGUACCUGGACGAAUGGGGGUCUACACACUGAAGAAGGACAUUGGGGACGUGGUGAAGGAACUGUCUGAGGAGGGGUCGGAGGUGAAUGAGCUGUCUGAGGGGUCAGAGGAGCUGUCUGAGGAGGGGUCGGAGGUGAAGGAGCUGUCUGAGGAGGGGUCGGAGGAGGGCGGUAGUGAUAAUCAGUCUGAUUCCCAGAGAAGCACAGAGAACAACAACUACAACGCUAACAACCAGGAGGGCAGGAGGGGACGGUGGAGGAGGAGAGGGCCUUCCAAGCUGCUGCCUGAUCCGUUGUCUCCUCAGCCACGCUGUUCAUCUCCCUCUGUCCCCAGCAGCAAGCUCAUCUCUCCUUCACAGAAACACUGCAAGAAGGCCCUCAAACAGGCCCUGAAGCAGCAGCAGCAGAGGAACCAGCGGAGACAAGGGGGCAUGCCCACAACCUCCAGCCCUAGACUACUGCUUAAGACUGACACCAUUGCCACUAAGUCCGACUCCUGUCCUGCUGCUGGUACCAGGAAGAUGUCCCAGAGGUCCAGUCGACUCAGUGCACGGCAACUGAAGCGUACCAAGUGUGCAGAGAUAGACGUUGAAACACCAGACUCUAUCCUGGUUAACACCAAUCUGCGUGCCCUGAUCAACAAACACACCUUCUCUGUUCUGCCCACAGAGUGCCAAGAGAGGCUACUGACGCUACUGCCUGAGGUCGACCAACAGGCCUGUAUGGAUGGUCUGUUGAAGGUAACCAGUUCUGCCUUAAACAAUGAGUUUUUCACAUCAGCAGCUCAGUCCUGGAAGGAACGACUGGCGGAAGGUGAGUUCACUCCUGAGUUGCAGCUGAGAAUGCGUCAGGAGAUUGAGAAGGGGAAGAAGGUGGAGCAUUGGAAGGAGAGCUUCUUUGAGAACUACUAUGGUGAAAACUCUGGACUCAGCUUAGAGGAAUCCAAAGAGCUGCUUGAGUCUGGUCUCAGUUUGGAGCUCUCAGCCACCAAAGCCCAGUCGUCUCCUUCAUCACAGCCACGUCCUGCUGGCCAAGUACUGCAAGACGCCAAGAUCCCAUCGAACAGCUGCCAUACUCGCUCUUCAGAGAGGAGGCUCCGAUCAUCAUCACUGCCCAUAAACCCGACAUGUAAACCCAUAGAACAUACCAAGUCAAGGCCAGAGCCUGUUCAAGAGGAAACAGUAGCAGUCCCACCCGUUGUACUACCGGUGCUGCCAGCAAAGAUCGUUCAGAAGACACUGGAGGUUGAGUACCCCAGACACAGGACUCGUAGUAGAGGUUUAUCCCUACCUAUAGUGGCAGUGGAGGCAGCUCUUGUGCGGAGACAUGAUGUGGUGGAUUCAACCUCAACGGUUACUCCACUUGGAGAGAAGCAGAAGGAGGAAGAUGAGGAGCAGGAUUUGAAAGAAGCCCAGCCAGACACCCCCCAAUCCCCCGUCCCCUGAGAUCCCCCGUACCCUGAGAUCCCCCCAUACCCUGAGAUCCCACCAUCCCCUGCCCAGGAGACUCAUCCAGAGGUCUGCCCCCAGAUUAAGCUCAGUUCAUCACUGCCCAUCGACCUUCCAGAGCCUCUGGGCGUAGACAAGCAUAGUGGGGAGAGGAGGGAAGAUGUUGACGUUACACCAGAGAGAGGAGCCUCAGCCCCUGUGUCAGUCACCUCUGUAUCCGCCCCUGUAUCCACCCCUGGAACCACACCUGUACCCACCACCCCAUCCCCGGAGCCGUUGAAAAGGAAGUCCUCGUCCAGUGAACAGGAAGUAGAGCUGACUCCAGAGAAGAGGGCCCGCAUCACUCCACCAGCAGUAUCUGUGGUAACCUCUCCAGCAGCCACAGUAACAACAGCACAGAGAGUGCCUCCGCUUCAGAUUACUGUGUCGCAAAUCCUAUCAGUCCCAGUCCUUGCAUCUCCAACCCAGGUGUCCCCUCGGACGCCUCUCCCUGUCUCCCUCAGUCCCAGUCCUAGCCCUGGUCCUAGCCCUGGACGCAUUGGUGCUCGCACUCUGGCUGACAUCAAGGCAAAAGCCCAGCUAGCCCGGACCCAACGUGCAGCUGCAGCUGCAGCGAGCUCCUUCUCUAAAGGUGCAGUACCAGGCCCAGGACCAGGAGGAGGCAGUGGAGAGCAAGGAAACCAUAGAGCUUCAGCCCAGACCCUCUACUCCAGACCCUCCUCCUCCACCCAAUCUCAGUCAACCACCAAGCUGCCAGCACGCAGCACCAUUGGUCAAUCUACCUGUCAAUCACCUGAUGCAGUCACCACACCAGCCGACUCCAGUUCUGUCCAAUCAGGCUCCUCUGUGCCCUUUGACCUUAGCCUGUCUCAAAGAUGCUACAACACCAGCAGAGCGUCUCUCACUGAUGACCGACAGAGAGGGUACUCUGCUGGUAACACGAGCCCAGGUUUUCUGAUGAGGCCUCAACAUGGGAACACUCAACUUAUAUCACACCCAUCAGGUCCCCAGUCAACCUCUAGCCUCAAUUCAUCUGUGUGUGAUGUGAAGAGCCAGUAUGUAUCUGGAGGCUCCAUGGCAGCCAGGGCUAGCCACUUCAUCCCAGCCAACAACCCCCUGGUCACGUCUCUCCUCCAGGGGAAAGAGGUCCCUCUGGAACAGAUCCUCCCCAAGCCGCUGGACAAGGCAGAGGUCCAGCUGACCCAGGCCAAACCCUCCCAUGAUGACAAAUGGAAGAUAAAGUCCCACAGCACUUUAUCUGGUGAAAGCCAGAGUCAGUACCUACACUCUGGUGGUGUGGAGGACAACAGUAGAUCCAAACAGCAAGGAUCUAUAGGCCGCUCCCCCUCCGCCAUACCUGGAACAAGAGCAGGUAAGUUGGCAGAGCUCCAGCACCAUCAAAGGGAAACACCUAACAAAGACAUCCAGGAGCAGAUCCUCAGGGCUCUGAUGGAGAGGGCCACCCAGCAGCACCAGAACCAGCCGUAUGGGGUCUCAGGCGAGGCUCAGCGUUCCCAGUUUGGAGCCUGCAAUCUAGGGCACCAGGAGGAGUAUGGGGACCGUCCCCGGUUCUCCGCGGGGUUCCCUGGAAGGAAGAGGAUGUCCAGGCCUGCCAUGUCAGGGCACUAUCUCCUCAAUGUUUCCACGUACGGGCGAGGCUCAGAGAGCAGUAAACGCUCCCACCCAUUGGCUAUCGCCAACACCUCACUGACCCCUCUGGCCAAUCUGAAGAGAGAACACGCAGAGGGAGAGGAGCUGGCUAACGAUGGGGAGGAGUCCGUGGAGAAUAAGCCUCAUUCUCAUUCUAACUCAGCCGGAGGAGUCAAGAUGGAACAGCAGUGCUUCUCAAUCACAAAAAUGGGUGAAGCUCUGGGCUUUCAGCGCUGUUCCAGGAUAAAGUCUGAGUCUCCAUCAGUGGAGGGCUGUCUAUCGGAACGGAAGGACAACAGUUUAGCCAGUACAGAGAGAGACAGUGGCACUUCUGCAAGAGCCAAAGAAACCAACCUUUUCACCCAAUCACAGCACAGGAGGCACCUGGAACUUUGCAAUAGUAAACAGGGUGGUCAUUCUGAGCCAUAUCGGGUAUCUGUAUCUCCCCACAUGGGGACCGUGGACCCCAGUCACACCAGUACUUACCAGCAUCCGACUGCCUUUCAAACCCAGAGACCUCCAAUCAAUAAUCAGGAAUCCAUGGUGGGGUCCUGCUACAGUGGCACCAUCAGCAUGUCUGUACCUCACACUCUGAGUCUGAACCACAGUGCUGCUGUUUCAGGUAGCGCUUCCAGCACCUCCCUCUCUGUGUCAGGUAGUGGUGGGGACAGAGGCAGUGGCACCGGCAGUGUCAUGUCUUUCUCAGUGACCGUCACUACUAUACCUGCCGGUCACCCUUUGGACCACAUAAACCAGGGGGUGGGGUCUCCAGAGCAGGGGUGUAUGGAGGGAUCUGGUAUAGAGGAUGUUCAGUCUAAAUGCUACUGCCGACUCAAAGCUAUGAUCAUGUGUAAAGGGUGUGGGGCCUUCUGCCAUGACGAUUGCAUUGGCCCUUCGAAACUCUGUGUCUCAUGUCUAGUGGUACGAUAAAACAAAUGUUAGAAAUGUAGAAAUGAUUUGUUUCAAAUCUUUAUUGUUGCACCAAGGAACAAGUCAGCAUCAAGUAAUCUACCAUUGUCAAGAAGUAGUUACCAGCAGGGUUGGGGUCAAUUCGAUUUCAGUUCAAGAAGUAAACUGAUUUGAUAUCCGAUUCUAAUUUUCUCACAGAAAAAAGGGGGAAUUGCAAAGUCAGUUUAUUUCUUGAAUUGAUUCAAUUGAAGUGGAAUUGACCCGAACCAUGGUUACCAGGGUAAAAUGCACAGUGGCCAUACUAAACCCAACCCAUGGUUUUCAGUGGGGAGGCAAAGCAUUUACGCUAGACCAUCAUAGUCUUGUUUAAUCUGUUCCAUCUGAGAAAGACUGGUUUGUUUUGGGCAAUUCACAGUAGUAGUUUUGUUUUGAUCAGUUCAAAUCAAAUCUGCACCUUUCAGACUUGAGACAUGUUGAAUCUUGGCAAUACUUUGCACUUGGACAUGUUAAUGUUCUAUAUUUUUGUAAAGAUAGUUUAGAUUUUUAAAAGGAAAGAAAAAAAUGAAUGUUGCUAUUUUUGUAGAACGUAAUAACACUGUUGUUAUGUUAAAGACUGCCACUCCUUGUUGUGGAGUUUAUGUUAUGAUGUUUUAAAAGGUGAAUAAGGGAGUUCAAUGGGGUUUGCGUGUAGGUGAGGGAGUACAAAUAUACUGAUUUAUAUCGAUUUUAAAGGUUGCAAUCAAUCAUUUACAUAUUUACAGUACUAGAAACAGUCUUACAGAUAUAUAACAAGAGAAUAGAUAUUUGAAAUUGUUAUUUUGAUUAUAAAAAAUAUGUCACAAUUAUUGCACUUAGCUUUUCUAAGUACUAACACUUACUGGGCAAAGGACUUGAAUGACAGCUCUACUGUGUGUAUACUGUACACUAUACAUGUAGUGUACACUGUACAUGUAGUGCACACUAUACAAGUAGUGUACAGCCUUCGUACUCUUAACAUGGUGUUGAAAAGUUAAAGCACUUCACUGAUAAAUAGUGCCCUUCGAGGAGCAAGCUGAGUAGCCUGGUUCCAGAUCUGUUUGUAUUGUUUUAUGACAGUGGCCAUAGGAGUUGUCAAUACAGUACUAACAGAUCUGCGGCAAGGCUACCAACUAAGAUCUUUCCCAUUUCAUUCUAAGGUCAUUGGUGACGUUUUACCGACACCGUGAACCUUCAUUGCCUCCUAAAACCUCGACUGAAAGAUAUUCUGUUUCAUUAUUUUUCAUACGUGGAUGGUUGUUUGUGGAUAGCAACGUAACCAUUAGCUCUGAUGUACAGUUAAAACACUCAGAGAAAGAAGGGAGUAAAAUGUAUUAUUCUUUUGCUUUUUAAAUAUUGUCUUUAAGCUAUAAUUAGAAAUGAAUUCUCUAUCUAAGCUUUAUGUACGUUGCUUAAGCAUAUCCAACAUUAUAUCCAAUGUUAAUUGUUUUUAUUGCAAAACAGUUUAUAUCUCUAAAAGAAACUACGCAAAAAUGUGUAUUUAAACGCUAAAUGCUGUACUAUCAAGAAACCAUUCAAAGUAUAGGUGAUAGAGGUACAGUUUACUACAUAUAAAGCAAAGGCACAUAAUAUUGGUAUGCAUGGUGAUUGUAAUUAUAAAAUCUAAAUGUAUCAAUCAUAUUUUUGAAUGAUCUGACUAAAACUAAAGAUAGUUGCUGAGUACCGGUAUAUUUUAUAGAAAUAAUUUUCAUGGUAACAUGCCAAAGUCACCUCAUGAAAACUAAAAGAUCAGAUCUCGUUUUUUAAAAUGUCUGACUAGUUAAAGAAAUUAAUAUAUUUUAAGUCAUAUAUUUUAAUAUAAAAAAAUCUAUUUACAAAUCUUUUUUUUUAAGAACAGGGUAUUUUUUUUAACGUUUUUGUUUGAGUGGGACAGACCAAUUACUUUUGUAACAAAACAAAUCCCCAGGUUUUCUGAUUCUGUAUGUCCUUUUCCACUGAAGUCCUGCCUGGAAUAAUUUAACCCUCUGAACUGAAUGCUCUUGUAAUGACUUUGGUUAAAUAAGGGUCUUUGUUUUAUGUCUUACACAUAUUUUCUGCAUUAACUAUGUGCUUUAUUUAGGGAAAAAUUCAUGCCUGUAAAUUAACAAUACAAUUUCAUGGCACCGUUUGUAAGUGGUCGGUGGAUUGGAUCCAGGCCCUGUGCGUGCGUGUGUGUCACAUGAUUCUCAAAAGGUUCGAAGUCUACGUCCCAAAUAGCACCCUAUUCCUUUAUAAUGUUGGGAAUAGGGCGCCAAUUGGGAAGCAACCAAAUGGUUCAUAAAUGGAGGGUUUAUAUUUUGUAAGGAUAUAAAAGAGACCUUAUAUUUAUGAUUUCACCCUCUUUCGUUGCAAACUUUUUAAUGAAGUUUAGUAUUGAGUAAAAAUGGUUUUAAAAACAACAAAAGUUCUGUUGACUGACAUGUGAUGGUGACUGGAUUGCAAAGAGAAAGUUGUUUUUACCUACAGUACAUUUUGUAAACAGGCAGCUAAUGUCUUUAUUGAUGAAUAAUUGGUUUUGUAGCCUACUCAACUUUGUCCUUUUUCUCAAACAUUGAUUGACUUUUUUUAAAGCAAUUGAUAGCCUAAAUUCAGAGGGAUAGAUUAAUUUUGAAACCUAAGGACAAAGAAUAAAGGUUGAGGAUAGAUUUGGAGGAAAAGUGUUUUCGGGCAAUCAAUAAUGGUUUGAAAAUAUCUGUCUGUUUGUCUUGUGAAGGGUGCAGUCCCCUCAGUCUGUGUCAUUUUUGCUGUUUUUAGAUUUUAAACUCUCCAUUUUAAAAUGCAGGUGAAUGUAAUAUAGUAAUCAGCACUUGUCAACAAAGAAUAAAUAACAAUGAGAAAACA